CUAUGGUCAUCAUCGUCUGAGCGAAAAGAGAGAGAGAGAGAGAAUUGAUAGAAGAAAUUAAGAGGUUUCCGUCAAUAAUCUCCUCCAUCCCGUUCUCUUGCCGGAAGACAUGGCCGCCGCUGUACUUCAAAUCUCCAGCUCCCUUUCCACUUCGGUCCGCGAUACUGUGGUUGUCUCAACCCCAUUGAAGCUUUCUUCGAGUUCUUCGUUCAGGCCGUCGAAUUUGGCUCGAUUGGGAACCACCUUUGCUACUGGCUCCCCUCUCCCAGUCCUGAGGACUUCAUAUCCAACCAAACAUGCCCCUAAAGGAGCAUUGGUUACGGUAAGAUGCGAGCAGAGUAGCAAGGAAAGCAGUAGUAGUUUGGACGUCUGGCUUGGUCGAUUUGCUAUGCUUGGCUUUGCAGUUGCUAUCAGUGUGGAAAUAGCAACAGGCAAAGGACUGCUUGAGAACUUUGGGCUCAUAACUCCCUUGCCAACCGUAGCACUCGGUGUUACAGCAUUGGUGGGCAUUCUCACAGCAGUUUUCAUCUUCCAAUCUGCCUCCAAGAACUGAUCACAUGAUGUUUCUUUUAGCUGUGUUCUAGUAAAGAAAAUGUGAAAAUUUUCAUUUGUUGUCUCACAUUCUUAUUCAAUACAGUCUUGUCAUCAGAUAUGUAUGUGUUAGCAGGAAGUUGCCAUACUGUAGAAAGAGGAGAUCAACAGAUCUUGCCACUUGCCAAGUUGAAGUUCUUCUCUGUUCCUCUUCUUGAACAACUCACACAAUUUUAGCAGACACAAAUGUUUUAAUGUCUGGUUC